CGAGCUGCGAGCAUGGCCAGGACAACGGGGGAUCCAGCUAAGCGAUACAAAGGCGUUGCUCGCAUUAAGUUCUGGCGAAGAUCGCGAGUGGGCAGCGAUAUUACACUGGCAAUCCUCAAGUAUAAGGGGACAUCCAAGCAGCCGCAACAUUUGCUGUUUUCCAAAAUGAGAGGUUUCUUGCGUCGUGCCCUAAAUGAUGAUUACACGUACAGCGGCUCAUUCCAAGAGGCCAUCAAACCAGUACUCAUUAUUGCCCAGAUCUUUGCCCUGAUGCCUGUGCGGGGCAUAGGCUCAAAGUUGGCCGAAGAUCUGACCUUUGCCUGGUCCAGUGUCCGCACAUAUUAUGCCCUGGCAAUGAUGAUUUCGUUUGGCAUUACCGCUGGCUAUAUCGUGGCCUUCUUGACAAAUGUUUCCUUUGACUUUGAUUCGGUGGAGACCAUGAUGUUCUACGGAUCCAUAUUCCUCAUCUCGGUGUCAUUUUUGCAGCUCGCAAGACGAUGGCCAGCCAUUGCCCAGGAGUGGCAGGCAGUGGAGGCCAAGUUGCCGCCGCUGCAGCUGGCAAAGGAACGACAAUCGCUGGCCCAUCACAUCAAGAUGAUUACGCUGGUGGCCACCACAUGUUCGCUGGUGGAGCAUCUGAUGAGCAUGACAUCCACGCUGACCUAUGCAGUGGCUUGUCCGCGCUGGCCCGAUCAUCCCAUCGAUAACUUUCUGUACUUUAAUUUCUCGACGGUGUUCCAUUUCGUUGACUAUACUACUUUCCUGGGUCUUUUGGGGAAGGCGAUCAAUGUGCUGAGCACCUUUGCCUGGAACUUCAACGACAUUUUCGUGAUGGCCGUCAGUGUGGCACUUGCCUCACGUUUCCGCCAACUCAACGAUUACAUGCAGCGCGAGGCAAGAUCGGCCACCACAGUGGACUACUGGAUGCAGUGCAGAGUCAAUUUCCGGAACCUCUGCAAGCUCUGUCAAGUCGUAGACGAUGGCAUCUCGACCAUAACUCUUCUCUGCUUCAGCAACAAUUUGUAUUUCAUUUGUGGCAAGAUACUGAAGAGCAUGCAGACAAAGCCCUCUGUUUCGCACACCAUGUACUUUUGGUUUUCGCUCACGUAUCUGCUGGGCCGUACACUCAUUCUGUCACUUUACAGCUCCAGCAUCAAUGAUGAGUCCAAGCGACCGCUGCGCAUCUUUCGCCUGGUGCCCAGAGAGUAUUGGUGCGAUGAGCUCAAACGGUUUUCUGAGGAAGUUCACAUGGACACGGUGGCAUUGACGGGCAUGAAGUUCUUUCGGUUGACGCGUGGCGUUGUCAUUUCGGUGGCAGGAACUAUCGUGACUUACGAACUGAUUCUGCUGCAGUUCAACAAGGAGGAAACGACUGCGUUUAUCUGCCACGAUGGCUAAUGUAGA